AUGUCACAACAACAAAGAAUAUCAGAAUCACCUGCCUCACAAGGCAGUGAGGAGAUAGAGACAGACACCAAAUGUGUCUUAACUGUGAACCAGUUCAGCAAACACAGUUUGUCAUGCGACAGUAAGCGUCUUUCUGCCUUGGUGUUUGGGUCAUUUCAGCCUCGACAUGUCCCCUUGCUGAAACUGAUGGUGUGCUGUGUCAAUGACACCCGAAAUGAGGUCGAGAAUGUGAAAUUUAAAGCUAAGGAAUCUUUCUUAAUGGAGAUGUUGGCUCUGGAAAAGAAGUUUGAAAUCUUAACUUGUGAGUACAGUGACAGUGAAGAUAAGGAGUCUUAUGAUGUCAGCCUUUUGUUGGACGGGUUUGAGACUGGGUGGAUGAUGCAAAAUGAUUGUCCUAAAAAGGUUAUAAAGUAUGUGAAGUUACUCAAAAAUGAAGCAGAAUAUGCAACAUAUGCUCUGAGCCCAAAAAUGGCAGAUGCACCUGAUGUAUUUGUCUGCAAGAUACACAUUAAGCAGAAAGUAUCUGAGGAUCAGGAAGAGGACAUCAAAUUGCUGACAUCCACUGAGUUUGACAUCCACUGGAAGUUACCAGUUGCCCCCCAUAUGGACUUGAACAAUCUUGGUAGUUAUUCUGGUGGUCCAACAUGCCUAAGAUCUGCUCCACAAAGGAGUUCACACCCAUUGCCAGGACGUGAAGUGCAGAGACAUGGUGGCAACCACUUUCAGUUGAGACCAAACCAGCAGUAUUACCAGCAAGACCCAUACCUACAGAAUCAACCUAGGAUUCAAUCUGACAAUGGCAGCCAGCAGGAUGACUUCCAAUCUCAAACAGCAAGGGAAAUGGUUGUACCAGGACAAUACCAACAAAACCAACCAUCAUUACAACCUAACUUACGCAACCAAUGGUUGCAACAAGGCAAUUUCCAAUCUCAGACACUGCCUGGUGAGUCAACAGGACCAAAUAUAUCCUAUCAUCAACAAGGAGAAUCCCAGCAUAGCAGACUACCUCAGGAGCCAGUCACUGACCACCACCUGGAGGAACAAGGUGGUGACCACUUUCAAACAAGGAGGAAAUCAGGCCAUGACUUCCCAUCUUUACCCCCACAACAGGACCCUGUGGCUGCUGAGGAUCAAGACCAGGGUGUAACUGAUCCUCAGACCAUCAAAACAAUGGGAAACCAAGCUCUUAACCAGGCCCAUGGGGAUAAUCAGUUAGAAAGAUUACCUACAUCAGUGCCACAUGAAAUUGCUGGGGUUCUAGGACAGAUCCCCUCUAAUACAGACAACAAGCAAUUUACUCUUUUGUAUCAAGUUAACCACAAUUAUUUCUCAGAAAAGGCAUCAGUGACACACAUGAAAGAGAACGAUGUGACAACAUCUUUUCAUAAACAUAUCCCUCCACGUGUGAAAAAACGACUGAAUGAGACACUUUGUCAAAGUGAUGUAUGGGACCAAGUGAAAAAGAUGUAUGGAAUUCCAGAUGAAACCCCAUGUCCUCACGAUGUUGUGGCUUCUCUGUUGUCUCAUGUUGAGGGUUCUAUCGCAUCUUUCAUCAGUGUGUUGUUAAAGUUAAAGGAACGCCACAGAGAAGGACAGAAAGAAAUUCCACAAAAUUUGAUUGAUGAAGUCAAGGAUGGACUUCAGAGUGAAAUGGAGUAUAAGAAACUUAGACAGAAUAAGAUCCGCUUUGCUGAGGAACUUUAUAUUGAUAUUGGAAGAAUUCUAGAUUACUUCAAUCAGGAUGACAUGGUACGAGAUGAGGAGAUUACAGUGCUUAAAAACACUGCCAAGGAAAAUCCACGAGAUGCUUGUAGAAAGUUGUUUGAAAGACUAAUCGCAAGCAGUCCUGAAAAACAACCCAUCAAAUGCUUGAAAGAUGCCCUCAGACAAUGCCAAUAUUGGCAUCUGGGAGAUGAACUAGAAGUUAGCAAACAGGAUGUAGAGGAUGAAUUACAGAAACAUGAAGUUGGAGGUGAUCGGCCUUCUUGUGAAGAGCCUUUGGCGAUAGGAAUUUAAGCUCCACAACACCUGUUACAGGUGAAAACCCUAUUGGAGCACAUAAAACCUACAUGUGUACAGUAUUUGACAAUCCUGUAUAUGCUAUGGUAACUUGUGUUAUUAUACCCAUCUAUUUAAACUAGCUUAUAAAUUACUCCUUUAGUUCAUUUCCACAAACAAAAAUGGAUAUUUGUAAAAAGCACUGUAUAUAUGUUAAAAAGCAUCCAUAUGUAUUUUAUGUAAAUAUAUUCUUCUGAUAAUUUCAUUACCAUGUAAUUGAUGUAAAUAUAUCCCUUAAAGAUGGCAACACCACAAAUACAUGUGGUAGAUGUUUCAAUAUGUAUACAAGGUAUUAUACUCUCAGUUUUGUCCCACACAGAGUAUAGUUUGAUAAUUUAACACACGUAUACAUGUAAGUCUAUUUAUUAUAUUGAUAUCAAUAGUUUGAUAAUUUAACAUGUGUAUGCAUAUAAGUCCAUUUAUUAUUUUGAUAUUAUUCAAGGUGGAUGUUUUUAUGUGUAGUAUUGUAUUAAAUUAUAUUUACAAGAGACUGUAUAUAUGUAGAA